ACCAACUCAGACAUGUUUUUAUUUUGAAGUCAAAAGGAGGAUCUCAUGUAUGAACAAGGUCUCUCCUCCUACAGAGGAAAGGAUCGCGAGCAGACAGAUGUGCGGAGAGGUGGUGACUGGAAAAGGUUCGUUAAAGCCAGGGAUCUCUUGAAUUCCAAUGCUGCUCUCCCUCUCCCUCUCUCUCUCCCUCCUUCCUUUUCCUCCCUCCCAGCAUCCAGCAGCUGCGCCUCUCCUGCCUUCCCCGACGCCGAGCCGAGCCUCCCAUACAGAUGAGAAGCCACGCACCUCUUGACGUUGCCACGGACCGACCGGUUGCGGUGCCACGCGUAAAGCACAUAUUGCAACGUGACUGAUUGCUGAACUGUCACCGCGGCAGAAUGAAGAAAGUGGUCUGAGCAUCUCCGAGGAGCUGCAGAGCAAAACGUAUUUGAUUAUUUUUUUCUUCCUUUUGGUUAUUCUUUCAUUUCUCCAUCCUUCCACCACCGGACUGGACCCUCCCCUUGUCAUCGCCACCGGGAGAGAGGAGUCUUGCGUCGGUCGUGAUGUGACUGAGUGAGCGCUCUCUCCUCCGACGGCCUUCAUCCGUGCAAAAGGUGGACUAGACAGCUCCGCAGAGAGGGGGUGAUGGUGUAGCUUCGUCUGGCGGCAUCUCCAAGCACCUCAGCUGGAUUAGAUCCGGAGCUAUGGCGCCUCGGCGACGGAACUCGCGGGCCCAUUCGCGUUGGUACCUCCAGGGGUUUUGGUCAACUUGAAAAAGAACACAUAAGAGGCUGUCGGAGGAGCGCACCUCCCUGGAGACGAGGGGAGGUUUUAAUCAUAAAAGCCUAUAGAGGAUUUUAUUAAAUAAAAAAUUAAAAUAAAAGGCCGGCCUCUCUGCAGAUCGCUCCUGCCUGCCUCUCAUCCUCCGCAUCUUCGCACCAAAUUCCACGUUUGGUGCCAACACGCAGGCUAAUUUCUCCCCAAAUUGGUCCUAGUCGGAGAAAGUGGCGCGUCCGUGCACCUCGCCGCCCCGGAAAGGACUUCUUCCCUCUGAGAGCUGGAUAUGCAGAGAUUAACGUGAAAGGAUGGAUCUAAUUCUCGCGUUUUGGGGGCUACUGGCGCUGAUUGUUGAAGGCGUACGUUGCCAAGGAGUGUACGCACCUCCGACCGUGCGCAUCAUCCAUUCGGGGCACGCCUGUAAUGUCGAGGAGGAGCGGCACACGGAGAGGGUGUACACCAUCAGGGAAGGAGAGACCCUGGAGCUCACCUGUCUGGUGACCGGACAUCCUCGGCCACAGAUCCGAUGGACGAAGACGGCUGGCAGCAUUUCAGAUCGCUUCCAGGACUCGAGCGUGUUCAACGAGACGUUGCACAUUUCCAAGAUCCUGAGGACCCAGGGAGGGCGCUACUACUGCAAAGCUGAGAACGGCCUUGGCUCUCCAGCCAUCAAGUCCAUCAGAGUUGAUGUCUACUACCUAGAUGACCCUGUGGUUACAGUGCACCAGAGUACAGGAGAGGCCAAGGAGCAGUUCUAUUAUGAGAAGACUGUGUUCCUACGCUGUGUGGCCAAUUCCAACCCGCCUGUCCGGUAUAGCUGGCACCGUGGGAGAGAGGUCCUGACGCAAGGCUCGGACAAAGGCGUGGAGAUCUAUGAGCCCUUUUUCACACAGCAGGGGGAAACAAAGAUUCUGAAGUUGAAGAACCUGCGUCCUCAAGACUACGCCAACUACAGCUGCAUUGCCUCUGUCAGGAAUGUGUGUGGAAUUCCUGACCGCAGUGUAAUCUUCCAGCUAACUGAUAAGACAGCUUCUCCAUUGAUCAAACUGCUGGUGGAGGAUCCUAUUGUGGUGAAUCCUGGUCAGACGGUGUCUUUGGUCUGCAUCACCACCGCAGGAGAGCCGCCUCCCAUCCUCACCUGGGUCAGCAGUAAUGACAGCCUGCCUCAGAGGAGUGUGGUGAAAGGAGGUACGCUCACGCUGCCAGCCAUCUCCUCAGAAGAGGCCGGAGUCUACAGCUGCGUGGCCAGCAACAAUGUGGGAAACCCGGCCAAGAAGUCCACCACCAUCGUGGUACGAGCUUUGAAAAAAGGACGCUUCUGGAUCACCCCUGACCCCUACCAUAAUGAUGACAACAUCCAGAUUGGACGUGAAGUCAAGAUUUCCUGUCAGGUGGAGGCAACACCCCCAGAGGAGCUGAUAUUCAGCUGGCUGAAAAACGGCCGCGCCCUGCGGAGCUCGGAGCGGAUGGUCAUCACGCAGACGGACCCUGACAUCUCACCCGGAACCACCAACCUGGACAUCAUAGAUCUGAAGUUUACCGACUUCGGCACAUACACCUGCGUGGCAGCGCUGAAGGGUGGAGGCAUCCCGGAGAUCAGCAUUGACGUAAACAUCUCCUCCACAACUGUCCCUCCUUUGUUUUUCUCUUUCUUAGUUCCCCCCAGCCUGACAGUCCCUCGGGGCAAGUCCCCCCUGGUGGCCCGCGAGGGUGAAACAGUGGAGCUGGAGUGCCUUGUUUCAGGGAAGCCCAAACCCAUCAUCCUGUGGUCACGUGCAGAUAAGGAGGCGCCCAUGCCAGACGGCAGCAUGCAGAUGGAGAGCUACGACGGCGUCCUGCGGAUUGUUAAUGUCUCCAGGGAGAUGACGGGCUCGUACCGCUGCCAGACCAGCCAGUAUAACGGGUUCAACGUGAAGCCUCGGGAGGCUGUAGUAGAGCUGAUCGUACAAUACCCUCCAACAGUGGAGCCCGUUCACACAGAGGUCCGUCAGGGCCUGGGGAGGCCUGUGGUGAUGACCUGCAGGGUGCUGCGAGCCCACCCUUCCCGCGUGCUCAGGUUCGAAUGGCUGCUCUCAAACCGGCUGCUCCACGCCGGCGCGUUUGACCCCCUAAAGGACGAGACGGAGUACACAAUCCGCAGCCUGAAUCGAGAAGGCUGGGGCGAGUACACCUGUAACGUCAUCAAUGAGGCCGGAGCCGGCAAAUGCACCUUCCAGGUCACAGGUAAAGCCUACGCUCCAGAGUUCUACUAUGAUACCUACAGCCCUCUGUGGCAGAACAGACCUAGAGUCUAUGGCUUCAAGCUACAAUGGACCCAGAUGAACCCCAGUGCCGUGGACCGUAUUGUUGCCUACAGACUCGGCAUCAGACAGAUGGGGCUUCAGCGCUGGUGGGAGCAGGAGAUCCCUGUGGAGGGAAACAUCGGUAAAGGAGAACUCAUGACCCACAACCUGACAGAGUUGAUCAAACCUGAAUCCUACGAGGUGCGCCUCACCCCCAUCACUCGUUUCGGAGAGGGUGACUCCACCGUCCGCAUUGUUACCUACAGCGCUCCCAUCAACCCUCACCUGAGAGAGUUCCACUGCAGCUUUGAGGAGGAGCCCAUCUGCAUGUUCACCCAGGACAAGAACGAUGAUUUUGAUUGGACGAGGCACAGCGCUGCAACCCGAGACACAAAGUAUACUCCAAACACUGGUCCCAGUGCUGACCGCACUGGUUCUAAACAGGGGUUCUACAUGUACAUUGAGACCUCCAGACCACGUAAGGAAGGAGACCAGGCACGGCUCGUGAGUCCCUUAUUCAACGUGGCACCUAAAAACCCGUACGGCAUCACCAACCCACCGGCCUACUGCUUCGGUUUCUUCUACCACAUGUAUGGAAAACACAUAGGAUCUCUGAAUGCCUUGCUAAAGCAGAAGGGCCAAAUGACCUCAGAGGCUCCUGUGUGGUCACUAAGUGGUAACCAAGGUGACCGUUGGAAGCAGGCCAAAGUAAGCAUCCAUCCUACAUCGUCCUUCCAGGUUGUUCUUGAAGGUGUUCGCGGCCCUGGAAUCGAAGGGGACAUUGCCAUCGAUGACAUCACUCUGGAGGAGGGGGAAUGUCGAGACCCACCGCCUAAUAUCAGUGCCAAUGCCCUGUCCACAUCCUCCCAUAUAUGGCUGCUAUGUGCUGCCCUGGUGCUGACCCUACUGGAAGGUCAAAGGUGACCCUUCUCUUCGUCAUCUCCGAGGCGAAAGUUCAGACCUGCCGUCUGUGAGCUAAACCCUCAGCAUCCAAUCACCAAAGAUUCAUGCAUACAGAAAGCAUUGGGGCCCCGGGACAGACCCCAAACCACAGGGGAGGGAUGAUGUUUAUGGAAGAGAGCUUAAACAUGAAAUAAUAAAGAAGAUGGGAUUUUUUUCUUUUCUUUUUGAAGAGACCUCUUUUCUCCUCAGAGCAGGGACUGGAUAGACUUUAUGAGCACAAUAAGAAGGCGAUGAUUCAGCCUGGACUUCGGCAGAGGAGUUCACAUGGGUGGACAGAGAACAGUUUGUAAAGCACAAGAAUCAUCUCACGACAACGAUAUGGAAAAAAAUUUUUGGUUGGAUAGCAGCAGAAUCCAGACACUGCUGACUUUUUAGAAAAUUGGAGGAACAUUUUCCUGCUUCCAAAAACGUGGAAUCAGACCUUUUCUCUUUUCAUCUUUAACUCCAUUUUCUUGCACAAGGUGCCAAUCACCGACAAUUGUUUUUCACUCCAGCCCAGUCUCUCGUCACACUUUGGCAUUUCUUUUAUCUGCUUGGUGCUGUUCUCUAGACAAAAAAAUAAAAAUUAAAAGAUCACGGAUUUUUGCAACAUUUUGCUCUGUUUGCUUACACCCCCUGUAGCUGCCUACGUUUCCUCUAUAACACUGUGCUCACAAGUCCAUGUGGCCAAGCGACAGUCUGGUGGCAGGACAAUGAAACUAGAAGAACCAAGUAAGUCAAGUGAAGAUCAGGCUUAGGAGGUGAAACAAAGAAGAAGGGAUGAGGAAGGAAAAGGCAAAUCCAGUUAGUGGACCCUGACUCGAAUACCCAGUCAGCGGUCUGCCGGUGGAACAGAAGCCACUUUACUUUCUGCCAUGAAACAAAGUGCCUUCAGAUUACAAACCGAGUCGUGAGCCUGAGUGUUAACCAACAUUGAACAACUUUCUGUUCAUGUUUCCUUUCGAUGGGCUAUUUUCUACGUUCCUUUUGCCCCACAAGUGCUGAAGAGAGAGCGCUCAUGUUCCAAGGAAAGUGACUGAGCAGAUUCAUCACGGGAACGUUGCUUGGGGGGGCACUCCACAGGUUGGUGCAAAUGCGUUUCAGUGUGCACACAUGCCUGAACCUGUGCAUUAUUUACCAUGAGGGCAAGCAAAGUGAGCGUCACCUCUGACUACAGCUUUGGAAGCAGAUUCGAUAAGUGGAAAGCAGUAAAAAUGAGGCUAUUUUAAUUUGACUUUCUUUUUUCUCUUUCCUGGAAGACAGUUUAAAGUCACGCGAGAGAAUAAAGACUUUUCAAGGAAUGAAUACCCCACUCUCUUCUCAUAAUCCCCCUUCCCUGUGGGCAAGCAUUUUUUUAAGAAAAACAGAACAUUGACUGCUGAAUAAAACAUUGUGUUGUACAGGAAGGAGAGCAGAAACUCUGGGUCCACAGGCUCUUCGUUUGGGUGAAAUGCCUCGCCCGAAUCCUCGACCAUUUAUAUGGAACUGUGUUAACAUUUAAAAAAAUAUGUAUGGGAAAAAAAGGAUAAUGACCAUAAUAAUAGUCAAGAUAUUUUAUUACUCUAGCGAGAAUGUUUCUCUGCUUUUACACAAACUGUGAAGAUUGACUGUGGAUGAUCUACCUGAGACCAUAACCUUAACCAGCAGGAUUUUUUAAAAAUGUAAAAAAAAAAAAAAAAGAAAAUAAAAAACAGAAAAUAAGAUUAUGAAGAAUUCUGUUCAUUGUUGGUUAUGACAAAUGUUUUGAGGACUUGUCUUGUUACUUUCUUUAUUUUUAUUUUAAAUUUUUAAAGCUGACUUGAAUUUAUUUCUCUUCUUGUUGUCUCCUUUUGCAUUGCUGAAAUAUCAAAGCUGACGGACGCAUAAGAAGUAAAACCAGUUUGGUAAAUGUAAAACUUGUAAAUGUUAAAGAAGCUCUAUUCAAAGGUUUAUGAUAAAUGUUUUAUGUUGGAGUACAGGAAGCACAACAUACAGUUUAAAUUCUCAGCAUAUAUUAUCCAUUUAUAUUUCUUGGCACACGCGUGACCUACUCUCACAGAUUCAGGCUUUCCGAGUUGAUAUUUAACAGGAAGUUGCCCAUUUUCCACUUAUGUUAUUAUUUAAAAAUGCAGCCACAACCCAAAACUACACAAAGGACCAAGAGUAGAAAUCAAACCUCCAGGAAUGCGGUGAUGUUGUGGUUCAGUGUAGCCUCAUGAUUAAAGCCUGGAUUAGUCUGAGUAGGGUGUGUACGUGUGUGAGCAGAGAGCUGUGUAAUAUAGAAACCGAUCCAUGUAAAGAAGAUAAAAAAGCAAAACAAAGCAGGAUGAGAAGCAUUUCAGGGCAUCCAAACAAAAAUGUUCUGGUCUGUUUGAUUUCAUUACAGAAGCAUAAUUAUCACAAAAUAUCCAUCAGUUUCUUUUCUUUGUGUCUUUUUUUUUAAAGAUAAUUUUCGUCAUUUCCUAUUUUUCAUCUCGCGCUGAAUGUAAAUGAAUAUCCGAACCUUACAGUCUUACGAAAUGUGAUGUUUAAUGAAAUCACAUGUUUUUUCUGUGUGCUUUGAGAGCUUUUCUGUUUUAUGGGAUUCAUUAAAAUCAUAAGGUUUGUCUGAUUCUGACACAGAACUUGAUACGAUGUCUAAAAGGCGCCCGGAUGAGUCUCGUUUUGCUGCUACACCCUCGUGUGGUACGGCAAGCACGAACGUGUCCAUUCAGUCACUGGUUCUACUUACUGAUAUGAGUUUAUAUAUAUAUAUAUAUAUAUAUAUAUAUAUAUAUAUAUAUAUAUAUAUAUAUAUAUAUAUAUAUAGUCAAAUUAUCUAUUUAAACAACAUUUAAUGGUUAUGUUAAAAUUUAGCAGAGCUUUCAGCAAUUUCAGAAUUAUGAUGUCAGCCACCAUCUUUUUGGAGGGAAAUCAGUAAAUGCACAAAAAACCUGGACAUGUCCAAAAUCAGUCCGGAACAUCACUUUUUCUGUUUUAAGAGUAACAAAUUAAAUUAUUUCAUUUGUUGACACAAGCAGUCCCAGUUUUCCACUUUAAGAAGUUAACAUUUUUCCUCCUGUGUCCAUUCAAGUAUGUGCUAAUAAUGCUAAGCUAAUGAUGAAAAACACAAUACACAAUUAAUGUAACUUAGAAAUCUAGAUAAACUGUGGCAGCAGCAAAACACUUUGCUCUGCAGGUCAGUUUAGCCACUUUCCAUUGUAGCCUCAGCAGGUCUACUAUUGGCUCGACUAAGUUUAGGCCAGGCCAGUCACAGCACUCUUAUGUUUAUAGAGAGAUGUUGAGCGGGAUUAGAACCAUUACGACAGCACUUUUUUGGUUUGCCUGUUUUUUACAAUGGCAGAGCUGCGAUGGAGCGAAACAACAAAGAUGGCGAUGGCUGAGGAAUGGUGCUUGUUUGAAAUGGAUUCGGCAUCAACUUCAGAUGCUUAGACUAGACUUUUCUUUGAUACAUGAGCAGUUAGAGGUACGGUAUUUAUUCUUCUUCUUCAAAGUGUAUGGCAGACUGCCCUCUUGACUGAUUUCCAUAGCGAUGAAUGUGUCAGUUCAAUUCAGUUUAUUUAUAUAGCUCCAAAACACUACAAAAGUCAUCUGAAGGUACUUCACAAAGUAAACGUUCCAACUUAACCUACUUAUCAGUGCUUUGAGUUCAAGUCAUUAUGCCAAUUAGUUAAGUGUCUUAUUUGAAAACCCAGCAGAUUGCAUCGAGUCACUGACUUGUUGUGUCAAUUACUUUACAAUAAUCCCCAUCCUAAGCAAGCAUGUAGCGACAGUGGAGAGGAAACCGCCAACCAGACCUGGCUCAGUAUGAGCAGCAAUUGGCACAACUCACUGGAGGUUUGAGAACCCUUAGUAACUUGUUUAGAUUAUUAUAUGUAUGGACAACAACUGAAGUAAUCAUAGCCUAAUUUUUUUCAUUUCACAUAAAACCAACUUAGCAAUUAUUGCUUUGUUUUCAGUCAUUUAGCAACACUAAGCUAAUUGUGCUAAGCUAAUGGGCUUUCACAUCUCUGUUCAUAAACUUUGUUAAAGACCUCUUAUUUUACUAAUGUGUUACUGGGUAAAUUAAUGCAAAAGGGACUUUUUCAUUCUGGUUCGAAAAUGUUCUCCUGUCACAAACAUGCAUGUUUAUUUAUAAAGUAAUUGCUCAAUUAAGAGCAAUCUCUGAUCUAGAUGCAGAAACAACAGAGCUGGCAGACUUGAGGGGUAUUUCAAUCAAUUGUAUGUCACAAAGAAAUGACAAAUUAUUCCAUGGUGCUUAUUAUUAAAUUAUGGUAUGGAUCUUUUGAA